AUGAACACUCUGUUGUCCCACAUAUUCUUAUUUAUAUUUGGCAAUACAAUUUACAUCUUCAUAUACUCAAAAUACAGAAAAAAUCUCCAUUGGAACGUUUAUCACUGCAUUAUAUUCGGCUUAUGUGUUUCUAGCUCAUGUGGUUGGAUAAUUUGCGCGAAACAUCAGGAAAUACCCUCCUAUCUAUUCGCAUUUGAUCUACUAAUAUGCUACAUCUUCUUCUAUACCCCCCCGUUCAUGCUAGGCAUUAAGUGUAUCAAGACAAUCGCCAUUAGAAUGAUCAUCUGGUGGACCAUCAUCUUGCUGCAUAGCGUUAUCUUCUACUAUUGGCUAAGGAAUCUAAUAGAAGAUAUACACAAUGAUAUGGCAUUCAUGUAUUCUCACAAAACGGUGCUAAUGAUUUACAUUGAAAUUGGAUCGUUUUUCCUGGCCAGUAUUGCAGGAUUCACCUGUGUAUACGUUCCCUACGUCUUUUAUCGCAUAAACACCAAGGCUCGUGAUCAAAAUUUAAACUCACAACUCCAACACCGCCGCCGAUCGUUGGAACUUAUUAGACAGGAAAUUGAAAAAAUUAAUCACGUGAUCACUGAUUUAGAGGAAGGAGUUCCAAUGUCAUAUAAGGAUCUCAUAUCAUUGGAUGCAUUCUUAUCCGAUGAGGUGGCGGAAAUGGAGCAAGCUUUGGAAAUUCAAAGCUCAUUAGACACCCCCAGGGGAAAGAUUAGGUAUGUUUUUCUCCUAAUAUCCGCAUCAUGCUGCUUCUUCACCCUCACGUGUACGAUUGUCCGGCGAGCUCUCUAUUCAAUUAUCAAUGCUCGCCAUGUACGCAGCGCAUUGUCAAUAUUUGGCAAAGCGCAAAUAUAUAUUGUGGUUUUUGUAGUAAUUGUCAAUGCACGCGAAUUCUUCAUAUUCACAGACCGUGUACUGGUAUUUUUAUCGGUUUAUGUGGACCACAGCUUCCAGUUCAUCAAACACAUAUUUUCCCAAGCUACAAUUCCAUUGGCCGCUGCCUCAUUCAUGAACAUAGCUAUACCCUCCUACAUCAUUGUACUAUUUCCAUGGCUUGUCGUAGGCGAUGAAUCGUUUCAGCUAUUUGAAAAGUUUUACAGCCUACUGAAACCUAUUUACGACACUGGUUUUUUGAUCACUGCUUUCUUCACCAUUUUGUUCACAACCAUUUUCAGGGGCCUCAUGCGUGCUGAGACAUAG